GGGUGGGCGGGUUUUAAAUUGUAGGGACCCCGGGUUUGGUUGCAAGAGCAUUGUUGUAGUUAGCCCCUUAGCUAAUUUAAUCCGGGCAGCUUCCUCCUCGCUAUUAAAAGUGCGCUUAGAACAACAUCUUAAUUUUAAGGCCAACGGGUCGUGUUUCAGUAACACCAACAAAGUACUCGUAUGAAGUUGCUUAACCGUUUAACGUUCGCUUCACUACUAGCAAGUUAAGCUAGCAAAUGUGUUUCUCUAUGCACCCCAGUCUAGCUAGCUAGCUAACUCAAGUGCCUAAAUUCGCAGGAAUGAACCAUAAAAGUAAGAAGAGGAUCAAAGAGGCGAAGCGGAGCGCCAGACCUGAGCUGAAGGACUCUUCAGACUGGACGAAACAUGAUUAUUGCGAUACUUUCGAUGUGUCACACCGCUCAGUGAAGGACAAUGUUGAGCGUGUGGACACCCUGCGUCUCAGCGCAGAGGAGUUCAUCCAGCGCUUCGAGAGGCCCUACAAACCUGUGGUGCUACUCAACUGUCAGGACACCUGGCCCGCACGUGAGAAGUGGACCAUGGAGCGCCUCAAACGUAAGUACCGCAACCAGAAGUUCAAGUGUGGCGAGGACAACGACGGUUACUCUGUGAAGAUGAAGAUGAAGUACUACGUGGAGUACCUGGAGUCCACACAGGACGACAGCCCACUCUAUAUUUUCGACAGCAGCUACGGCGAGCACGCCAAGCGCCGUAAGCUGCUGGAGGACUACCAGGUGCCAGUUUACUUUAGGGACGACCUCUUCCAGUUCGCCGGGGAGAAGCGUCGGCCUCCUUACAGAUGGUUUGUAAUGGGUCCUGCCCGCUCUGGCACUGGCAUCCACAUUGACCCGCUGGGUACGAGUGCCUGGAAUGCCCUGGUGCAGGGGCACAAGCGCUGGUGCUUGUUCCCCACCCACACGCCCCGGGAGCUGAUCAAGGUGACCCGGGAUGACGGGGGCAACCAGCAGGACGAGGCCAUCACCUGGUUUAACGUGGUGUACCCACGCACCCAGCAGCCAACCUGGCCUGCUGAGUUCAGACCCCUGGAGAUUCUGCAGGGACCAGGGGAGACCGUGUUUGUCCCUGGAGGCUGGUGGCAUGUGGUUCUCAACAUUGACACCACCAUCGCUAUCACUCAGAACUUUGCCAGCACCACCAACUUCCCCAUCGUGUGGCAUAAAACUGUGCGGGGCCGGCCCAAGCUAUCGAGGAAGUGGUAUCGUAUCCUGAAGCAGGAGAGGCCAGACAUGGCUACCCUGGCAGACAAAGUGGACCUCCAGGAAUCAACUGGCAUCGCCUCGGACAGCUCCAGUGACUCUUCCUCCUCCUCUUCCUCCAGCUCCUCUGACUCAGACUCAGAGGCUGAGUCGGGCUCGGAGGGGGACGCCAUGUCUCACAGGCGGAAGAAGAGGAAGACGUGCAGUAUGAUAUCCAACGGAGACAGCAGCACCAAGGACGACUGUGUCAGCAAAGAGCGCAGCUCCUCCCGGUGACCCCCUCGCUCCGCCCAGCCUCGCCAAAAGGCCACACCCAGGGGGACUCUCGCAUGAAGAGCGGCCAAUUUGUUUGUUUUCAUUUGUGUGUCUCCAAAGGAGAGUCUGGUGGCCCUCUGUCAGUCUGUUGGAUAGAUAAGAGAGUCAGCCUACCCCUAGGCUGUGAUAAAGGAGAUUCCCCCUGAGGCACGGACCUCUUGGAGAUUUAUCUGCCACCGCUCAGCUUCUAGUCAAACGUCAAUCUAUAUUGCUGUUGCUUGUGGGGUGUGGGAAGAGCAGUAUUUCAGUGCGAGGGAGGGGUGUUGACCUUUGGAGAGAGGUGGGCUGUUGCCUUGUUGGGUCUGAGGCAGGGAGCCUAUCAGGCUGGCCUGUCUCCUCUACAGUGCCAUGGUCUUAUGUUGCUCAGUGGGGAAAAGUUUUCUAUUCACAGUGAGAUGAUGGAUGGAUAGAUAGGUGUGCUUUGGAUUGACUUUACUUUGCAGUAUAUGGGAUGCCAGUUGAGUUUUAUCAUGGCAGAGUUAACCAUCUUUAGAUAUUAAAGGGUACUGUGAGUUUUGUAAGUUGAUACUGAAUGACAGGGUAAGGGUGGAGGGAGAUGCUGCCUUCUUAGACUGCAAAAAAGCCACAGAUUUUAUAUUUUUUAUUUAACAUUUCUGUUUUCAUUCUCUGGGCUUAUUUUGCUAGUAACAGUUGAACUGGUAUGCGUAUGUCCUGCAAUCAAUACAGUUAAUUCAGUUUCAGUUAAUUAAAUUAAAUGGUUAGCAAAUCAACAGUUCACAAUCCAGUCAAUACCAUUUAACAGAUCUAGAAAGCAAUGAAAAGAUUGCAUAGUGGCAUUUCUCUUUCAUAUCAUAUUAAUCUGCUGUUGGCAUCUGUAAUGCACACGUGUCUAGUGAAACAACAGCUUUUCCAAGACUUAGCCCAAGUCAUCCAGCAACAACUGUAAAGGCCAGGGGAUCCCCACCUGACUUAGAUUUAGCCAGUUCAGCUUGACAUUCAAAAGCUUGACCUUUUAGGAGGAAAUUGCUUAUACUACACUCCCUUAGCUCCAGGCUGGGUAAGAUGAAUCACUCUCAGGUGCCACAAAUGAAUGUUGGGCUAUCAACAACAAAAUUCCACCCAAGAAACAACAACAAUAUUGCCUGGUUAUGUCAUGUUUCUAUGACUUUAAUUAUUAUAUAUAUUUUAAUUUAACCUUUUUAUUUAGCUAGUUAAAAUCAGUUAAAAACAAAUUAUUAUUUACAAUGACAGCCUACCCUGGCCAAACACGGACGACGCUGGGCCAAUUGUGCGCCGCCCUAUGGGACUCUCAAUCAUGGCCAGAUGUGAUACAGCUUGGAUCCGAACCAAGGACUGUAGUGAUGCCUCUUGCACUGAGAUGCAGUGCCUUAGACCGCUGCACCACUUGGGAUUAAUUUAAUUACGUAUGGGUAACUCACACAAUUUUCAAAAUGGUAUGAUAACAAUUGUUAUUGUCUCUCGUGUAAAAGUGAGCCCUUUGCUGCUAUAUUAAUUAACAUUUUAAGAUGAAUGAAAUCAAACUAUUGAAAUAAUUUGACAUUACACAGCUAUACUGUACAUCAGGGGUGUCCAUUUUUCCGGAGAACGAUCUCAAAUGACAUGCCUAAAACCAAAUCGAAACUGUGUAGAAAUUAUAGUGGACAUCAUUUUAUAGUCUCUGAACUCUGUCCAGCUUGUUAACAGUCAUCGAAAUGAAAGCUAGACAGUCGGGGAGCAUAGAAAAUUUGAUGGAUAGAGAACUAUUGUUUUUGCCAAUUUUGACAGCAAGGAAUAUAACCAAUAGAAGUGGACCUCAGUGAAGACAGAAUGUGGCCCUUUGGGGCAAAAUGAGUGUAACACCCCUGUUGUAGAUGCUGGUUUCCCAGACCCAGAUCAUGCCUAUUCCUGGUCCAAAAAGCACUUUCAGAGAAGUCUAUCACGGUUGCCUUUUAGUCCAAGAUUAGAAUGAACCUCUUUCCACGAAAGGAGCCCUAGGUGUUUGAUCUUGUGUUCUCAUUCUGAGACCCCAUUUUAUAUUCUCCAUCACAUACAGAAGGGGGCACCAAUGCCAGAGUUCUCACACUACCUUGGCAUUAGUGUGUAGGUUACAGUCCAGGAGAUACAGUUGUGUUGAAAGUAGAAAUGAGGGCUGGCACAGGGAAAAGUUUAAACAUAUUGUAGGCCUUGUAGUUGCACAUCUUGAUCUUAUUUCUCUGUGUAGUACAGCUAAGGGGGUUUGUGAAAUGUUGCAAAUACAUUUUAUGUGAGGGGAUAGGUAGAUAUUUUGGACAGACUAAAUUCAUGGUUCUUUCCACGUGGCUUCUAGGUUAUGUGGCAUAUGCUGCUCUACAAUGAUUCAACUGCUUUGUAUUUCGUUAGUGUAAAUUCAAACAAAAGCAACUAGCUAAUACAUUACUGUUAUUCAGCAAAUACAAAUUAAUGGUUUGAAUGCAGAUUCUGCUUGUAUAACUUUGUUCUGUGGGGUUAACAUGGAGUCAAGUGAAUACUGUUUUUUUGUGCUUUAAAAUGUGGCUUUGUCAUCUAAAAUGAUUGAAAGUACUUUGAAAUAUGUGAAUUGCUGUAUGUCUGUGCAGUAGGUGUUUUCCACUGUCUUUAGACAAAAGUGCCUAUACGUACCAAUUAAUACUGUCAUUGGCCUGCAGAUGAGAGGUUGUGUUGCUACUUGUGGUCAAUGCGUCUGGUGUUUGCGCUGUUUUUAACCCAUUAGGUGCUCACCUCAUGUCAAGCAUUUAGCACUAUUACGAUCCCUGGGGUCGGUCACAUAGUGCCUUGGAUCUGAUGGGGGAAUGGUGUGAACCAGGAGCCUACGUGGGUACAUCUCAGUGGUCUAAUGUGGCUUCCUUUGGUCAACCUCUUCCCUUCAGCCGCACUGAUCCAAAUCUACAGGACUGGAAAAAGGAAGCCCUCUAUUAGGGUUCCGUCAUAUUGCUUUCACCUAUCCUGUCUGUCCAGAUCAGGGCUUUCACCUAUCCCGUCGGUCCAGAUCAGGGCUUUCACCUAUCCCGUCGGUCCAGAUCAGGGCUUUCACCUAUCCCGUCGGUCCAGAUCAGGGCUUUCACCUAUCCCGUCUGUCCAGAUCAGGGCUUUCACCUAUCCCGUCUGUCCAGAUCAGGGCUUUCACCUAUCCCGUCGGUCCAGAUCAGGGCUUUCACCUAUCCCGUCUGUCCAGAUCAGGGCUUUCACCUAUCCCGUCUGUCCAGAUCAGGGCUUUCACCUAUCCCGUCGGUCCAGAUCAGGGCUUUCACCUAUCCCGUCGGUCCAGAUCAGGGCUUUCACCUAUCCCGUCGGUCCAGAUCAGGGCUUUCACCUAUCCCGUCGGUCCAGAUCAGGGCUUUCACCUAUCCCGUCGGUCCAGAUCAGGGCUUUCACCUAUCCCGUCGGUCCAGAUCAGGGCAGAUAAAGGAGAAUGAUGAGAAGAAGCCAUUUUAAGAUAUUUAGAUGUACACCCAGACAUACCUUGACGCUAACCAGAUCAAAGUUAAUAAAUUCUUUUUUCAUGCAGCAACGUGCUAGUAUGUUUCAUUCUACAUAUCCAUAGUUUCAUCCCAAUUUAUCAGAAACCCUUUACAGAUUGUUUAUAGAUUUCCAACUAAAUCAAUAAAUUGUUCAACUAACUAUCCAAAACCAUUGGCCUGCCCUUACCUUAACCCCAUAUCAGUGGUGUUGCAGUUGUUAGUUAGUUCGGUUAAGCUAGAGAUGUGUUUUUUUGCAUGGGCUGUGUCUCAGUCCACUGCAUCCGCCUAUGUGGCCUUUCCACAUCUGCGGUUGAAAGUGUUAGAGCUACAGCUCAGUUCAUCAGACCAGAAAAUGUCUGUAGCAUCUGAAUGGUUUGGCCUACAACCAAUGUUCCCUCUAAUUGUUUUCGGCACUGAGCAAAUUUCAGGUCUGCUGAGUACAAACUUGAACAUUGUGAAAGUUCUGUGUAUACUUCCGGUGCGUGUUUACUGUGAACACUGAGUCUGUACCCACUUUAAGUUAGUUUUAACAGUAAUCAAGUAGGCUACUGUGGAUAUUUGAUCAUAAUGUAGGCCUACCAGAGUGGCCUAUCAUCAGAAACAAUGGAGAAAAUGCAUCCCGUAACACUUGAACAUGGAAAUAGCUAUCAUUCAGGCUACAGUAGCAGCCAAUGUGUGGUGUUCAUUGUAGGCUUAUAUUACAUGAGACUUGGAAAAAAACAUGCAGGGCUUGACAUGAAUCUCUUUAAUGUCCUUCAGACAAGGAGGUGACUGAAAAUGUUGUGUUUGAUGCAAGGAACCACUUUACAAAAUAAAAUCCAUUAUUAUUCCCAUACUGUUAUUACAGAGAACCAGUCAAAUUAUGCUACCCUCUGCCUUUUGGGUACUUAGUUUAUUCAAGCCUGUCUGAAAAUACAACACUGCCCCUUUAAGACAAGAAAAAAGCUAUUUACUUGACUCACUUUUCAAAGAUGAUUAGAAAUGCACACGUGUUGUGUUCUUGUAGGAAGCAAUCACUCCCCCAUUGAAAAUCAUCUAUAACUGGGCUAAUAACUCACUAUCAAAGGGUAUGAACAAAUGUGCACACGUGGCUACAUGUAGCUCUCGAUUAAAUCUCAAAACAAGCACAUCUACUCAUGACCACUCAUGUGAAUUUUUUCUGCCACCCACAUACAGGAAAACGGAUCCAAAUUAACAUUAUUACGUACUCCAUCACUCAUGUUAUCUACUUGAUUAAAUGUCCAUGUGGGUUGUGUUAUGUAGGUAAAACCUCUCGUUCUCUCAAACAGAAUCAGUGAACAUAAGUUCAAUCAUUAGAAAUGACAUGGACGAGACAGCCUACAGGGAGGAGGUGAGGGCUCUCAGAGUGAUGUCAGGAGAAUAACCUCAACAUCAACAAAACAAAGGAGAUGAUCAUGGACUUCAGGAAACAGUAGAGGGAGCACCCCCUAUCCACAUCGAUGGGACAGCAAGGUGGAAAGUUUUAAGUUCCUCGGCGUACAUAUCACUGACAAACUGAAAUGGUCCACCCAUACAGACAGUGUGGUGAAGAAGAGGCGACAGCGCCUCUUCAACCUCAGGAGGCUGAAGAAAUUUGGCUUGUCACCUAAAACCCUCACAAACUUUUACAGAUGCACAAUUGAGAGCAUCCUUUCAGGCUGUAUCACCACCUGGUUCAGCAACUGCACUGCCCACAACCACAGGGCUCUCCAGAGGGUGGUACGGUCUGCACAACCCAUCACUGGGGGAGGUGGAUAUGAAUAAUACUCUGAGCAAAAGAGAAUGUUUUGGGAUUUUCACCCUCCAGAAAUUAUUCCUGAAAGGUCUUAAUGGUGAAAUGACCAUGCAUGUUAUGUUGUAAAUGUGAACAUGAAUUAUUGCCAUCACUUCAGAUUACUCUGACAUUUUUUCUUGCAUUGUACCAAAUGAUUUAUGAAAACUUACUUGUCCUCAUUGUGGUUUUAUAGGCUUGUAUAAUAUGUUUUAUGUACAGACUUUAUUAGAAUUAGAAUGAAAUGCACAUUGUUAUAUUUUGUAACACUUGCUUAUUUUCCCUCGGCUCCAACCCCAUUUUAUGCUUUGGACCAAUGUGGAUGGAGCAAUGUCUACAUAAGGGUACAAAUUGUAAACACUCACAAAAGCUCUGAUGAAGGCCUUGAGGCCGAUACGUAAAGCUUAAUUAAUAAAGAGCAGUGAUACUAGCAA